AUGACUCCAUCCAAUAAUUCAACAGAAAAUAAGAAUACUAUUAUAUUCAAUGCAUCAAAGCAAGAAAUAUUCAAGUUGAAUGAAAACUACAAGAUAUUUCAGAGAAAACUAAAAUUAUACUUCAAAGUAAUAUUGAACAAAGAAGAAUUAUCAUCACAUAUUCUAGACACCUGCUCAUUGAUUAUUUUACCUGGAUCUCAACAACCCUUUGAAGAAGGCGAAAUAAAUUCUUUGAGACAAUUCAUCUACAAAGGUGGACGAGUAUUGGUUCUCUUGACUGAAAGCAAUGCAACUGAUUCAUGCAACAUCAACAUUCUCUUAGAACAAUUUGGGAUAAUUCCAAAUAUAGAUUGUGUCAUAAGGACCCAUUAUUACAAAUAUUUCCACCCUAAAGAAUGCUAUGUAGCAGAUAGUCAGAUAAACUAUACACUGAUGAACAAUGAAAAGCAAGACAUCAAGUUCAUCUAUCCAUUUGGUUGCAGUGUUAGUGUAAGCAAACCCAGUCUUGUUGCCUUCACAAGUGGAACAGCAUCCUUUCCUGUGGACAGACCAGUGGCAGCUUUAUUUUAUGAUGAAAAGUCUGGUGGAAGACUGGCUGCUGUUGGAUCAGGUCACAUGUUCUCAGACAAGUACAUUGAUCAGGAAAAUAAUGACAAGUUGAGAGAACACCUGAUGGAAUUCUUGACUGGCAAUGAAUCACUGCAUUUUGCCCCAAUGGAUCAUGAUGAUAUGGAUUUUACAGACCACCAUAUCAUUCCUGAAACAGCUGAACUAGCUGAAAAACCAAAAUUAUGUCUAACAGAUGCUGUGAGUCAUAAUGGUCUCAUAGAUUAUACCAAAAUUUUUGAUCAUAAAAUGUAUUCUAUGAAUACAAACUUCGUUCCUGAGGCUUUGAAACUCUAUGACAAGUUAGGAGUUGUACAUGAAUCUUUGAAGAUAAUAACUCCGAAAUUUGAAACACCUUAUCCACCUUUACAGCCUGCUGUUUUUCCACCUUCAUUUCGUGACUUGCCUCCACCACCUCUGGAACUAUUUGAUUUGGAUGAUGCUUUCAGUUCUGUAUUUUCAAAUUUGGCUCAGUUUACUAAUAAAUAUGUAUUGAACAAUGAAACCAAUGAGGAUACAUACUUGGAAUCUUAUAUCACUGAAUGUUCAAAAAUACUGAACAUUGAAGGAACUUCUGUUGCUAAUGAUAUUCUCCAUAAAGUUGGUAAGGAGAUUGCAAAUUUCAAGAGUAUUGAUAUAAUUUGA